AUGAUGUCUUCGAGGCUCCCUGUCAUCCCCGACACCGACGCGCCGCGAAGCGUAGCCUUGCCGUUUCUUCCCCGACCGGAAGCCCUGGAUGGGACCAUGAUCGGAGACGUUGGCUUCGACCCGCUAGGGUUUGCGGCUGAAGACAACCUGGAUCGGUAUAGGGAGGCGGAGCUAAAGCACGGACGCUUGGCGAUGGUGGCCCUUGCAGGCUGGCCGGUGGCGACGUUGUUCCUCGGCCUGCUCACGAAGCUGAUUCCCCCGGCGACGGUCUGCACCGGGAACGGCUGCGCGAUCGAUCAGACGUGGUCGGGCAGUGCCCUCCCUCUCGAAGCAAUCGGCAACGUAUCGUUCGUGUACUGGGGGUCGGCGCUGGCCCUCGCAGUUGCGGCGGAACUAGUUGCGAUUCGCAGAAAACAGUCAAGCGUGGGGCGGGUCGGGCCGGACGAGUACAGAGCCGGUGACCUCGGGCUUGACCCCUUCAACUUGGCGGACGACGAGAUGAGGCUGCGAGAGAUCAAGCACGGCCGGCUAGCGAUGGCGGCGUUCGCUUUCCACUACGCUGGGGUGUUGCUGGAGAAGAAAGGCGUUGUGGUGGGACACCAGCUCUGGGGAUCGGUCUGCGUCUACAACCUCAAGUGGGGUAUGAGCUCGCUGCCCCCCCCAAUCUGCUACCCAAGGCCCGAGGCUGCUCUUGACACGACUCUCAGCUGGGAGAUCAUGUACAGGGUCUUGUCGGGAUUCUUCAAGGAACCCUACUAUUGAUGCGAUGGCGUGGCAUUCUAAAGGCGCCACUGGAUUCUUCGAAGCACGGUGCUGACCGUGCUAUUCGUGCGAUGGCGUUACGCGUGGCAAACAAGAGGCGAGAGAUGAGUGCACAUGGUGGAGCGUUCCGAGAAGGGUCCGAGAACGGUUCGAGAACGGUUCGAGAACGGUUCGAGAACGGUCGUCCGAGCCAUGUGCCGAACUCGAUUCACACUUUUUUUCAUGAGUUGUUUGACGAUGGUUGCUUGGACUUUUCUCUCGUUGUCGACCUGUGGCUGCAUGGACACUAACUUCACGUGCUGAUGCGUGUUUGUUGUGUUUUCUCCAGCAUGUCGGCCAAAGUACAAUCCAUGUGGCGAGGGAGUUUCUAACGUCGCAGGCAGCGCGAUAAAAAACGUGGGGGGAGGGGGGGGGCUGAACGCGUUUCGAAAGGUUUCGUGGGAUUCGGUGCGGGGGGUAACGAGUCUUCACCAUGUAAAAAAAUAUGGUUGCAGUUGAUGGUUUUUUUUUUAGACUCUGUUUGUCUCCAAUGUUCAUGUCCAUUGCUGAUUGGUGGGCGUAGCCAUUUCGUGUUCGUGGACGCUUAUCUUAACCAACAGGUGGUGCGCUUUCGCGUGCAGCCGUGCAGUGUAGCACAUGGUAUCAAGGCAAGAGUACUAAUUGUCGGUGUUUGCGCUGUGGAACCGCGUGGAUUUGGAAGACAAGUUUUCGACUGGUCCACGUCCUCAUGCUCCUUUUCAUUCGGACCGAGUAGCACGCCUCAGAACUUUGUCUGUUGGGGGGGUCUUGAACGAUUUUUGUCCGAAAGAGAGAGAGAGAGAGAGCAGCUAUGGUCGUGGUGUGAACUUGGCCGCAACUCUCUCCCUCUCCUCGCGAUGUUUCGGUAUGGCCUGAAUCUCUGGUUUGAUUUUUUUUUGUGCGACGGUGUGAUGGAUCGAACCAGACAUGACAUGAGAACCAUAGACUAGAUGCCGUCUGUAGUUUCAGGGUUGAUGAACCUCAGGCCAUGGGGAGUACAUUUCCUCGGAGGGCCACAUGGUAUGCAUAGGCAUAUAGAGUAGAAAUAGCUAAAACAGUGUCGAGGUAUCAAGAGUAUUCGCGCCCAUUCACUCCAGAAGGGGGGGAGGGACUAAGAACCUGCCCAUGGUAGCAUAUUUCCGAAUAUGCGCAGUGUCGGCUUCGGGAAAUAUUUCGCGUGGCUCCAGCCGUGAGUCAGACUAUUGUACUACAUGUACA